AACUAGAAGUCGAUUCUUCGUCAUUUUGUGUUUUCAAGCAAAAAGUAUCCGGCGUCUCUGACUUUUACUCGAGACACAUCGCAGUAAUAGAAUUGAAGAAUAAAGAAAUGUUUGAAUGAAACGGAAUAUAAACUUGGAUAAUGUGAAUAAAUUGUAGUUGCAUUGUACCACAACCUCAACGUAGUUUCAAGUUUUUAUCGUAGUAUUAUUCUUCCUUCAUAGCAAAUUUGAAUACUUUAUUUAGUAACCAGGAUGGCUGAUAACACAGCAAUAGAAAGGGAAAAGCAUAUGAAACAAUUAAAACGUAGAAUGGAAUGUUGGCGUGAAGUAAUACUUCCAUUGAAUUCCAUUCUAUUAUGGGAACGGUCUUGGUAUCCUGGUCUCAUACUUGGAAUUACAACCAUAAUUUUUUUUCUGAUAUGGAUAUUGGAACCUGCUAUACUUACAAUACUGUCCGUAACUCUUCUUGUAUUAGCUUUGAUCGAUUAUCUUGUGCCACCUGUAUCAUCUUGGCUAAGUCCUGUUAAUAAAUGGACAGGACAAAAAGAGAAAAAAUUAAAUGAGAUAUGUCAAAAUUUAUCUGUAAUAAUUUUACAGUUACAAAAUUUGUGGAAAUUAAUGUUAAAAAUACGAAAUGAUCGUCCUAAUGUGUAUUAUCUAGGGAUAAUACUUUGUCUUGUUCUUUGUAUAUGGAUUGGAAGCACAGUCAAUAACUUGCUUCUGUUUUAUAUCGCAGUGAAUGCUCUUUUACUUACACCAGGAUUCAGACAUAAAGGUCGUGCAAUGUCAGUUAGUAUAACAUACGUGCGCGAUUUUUUAUUUCAUGAAAAACAAUCAUAAUUGUCAUUUUGUAUGUGUUCUCUUUUCUAUUCUCUGUGAGACUUCAACUACAAUAAAUUAAUCCAUAACUUAUUAAUUCAUAAUUAGGGAAAACUAGCUUUUUAGAUUUUUAAAAGUACUUGAUAAUUGUAAUAUAAAUUAUGCUUUCAUUUUUUUCAUUUUAUGUGAUAUAUAAUAUUGCAGUUUAUCUUAUAUGCACUUUUAUACUAUAAAUAUACUUACACAUUAUUUUUCAUUCAUUAUAAUAAUAAAACUAUUUCAUUUUUCACGAAAGAAAUAGUUGCUUAAAUAUUCCGGGCUUAAAUAUUUUUGGAUUCAAUAUUAGAGUUAAUUCUAAAGCUCUCAUCAUCAAAUUUUAAAUGUUUGAAAAUGGCGGGUUUGUUGAAUCAAACUUGAUGGCGCUGGUGGUAUUAAAUAAGUACAUACAUAUUUACAUUUGAAUAAUUUAUUAUGUAUGCUUGUAUUGCGAUAAAUGUUAUGACUGAUAUAAGAAAUAAUAACAAAUUUCUUAAUAAUCAUUGAUACAUCGUACUUAACUUAUUAAUUCAUUUGGGUUAAAUUGUUUGAUGACAAUAUUAAUAGUUUAUAUUGUUUAUAUGUGCUUAUAAAUAAAUGUUAUUACGGUAAAAC